GAGUGGAGUGGAGCGUGUUCAACAAUACAAGCAUUCAAAACACUCGCCUUUCCACUUCACUAGACGUGGAUCUGUCACGGGAAAAACACAGCAUUGGUUUCCAGAUAUUUUCGAAGCUUGUAUAUGAUUGCUUUUCAUACAAGAAAUUUAAACAAGGAUAUAUCGGCUCCGUCAUGAAAAUUGGGAAGUUUACCGGCUGAGCGAUGGAAUAAAUGGUGGAUCUGAUGUUGUUUUCUUCAGUAUCAGCAAGAAAGAAGAGCUCAUUUGGAGAGAAGUAGAGAAGUCUAACUUCUUACUGACAUUCCUCCCGUUUGCUCUCUUGAGUUUGAUUCAAAGUUAUUAAGAGGGAAGAUGGCGGCCGAUUCCGUGCAGGGUGAUGCUCGGGUUCAGAUGGUUUCAGAACGGCUGGGCCUGGGUCAUAAUUUGGACCUCUCAGACACCAUGGUCCAACAAAAGUUGGAUGAGAUCAAGGACCAGAUCAAACGAGAGAUUCGCAAAGAGCUGAAGAUCAAAGAAGGAGCAGAGAACUUGAGGAAGGUCACCACAGAUAAAAAGAGCCUGGCUUAUGUGGACAACAUGCUAAAGAAGUCCAACAAGAAGGUGGAGGAACUGCACCAGGAGCUUCAGGAACUGAAUGCACAUAUAGUGGUGAAGGAUCCGGAGGAGCUCGUAGAGUACCCACUAACCCCAGACACCCCCAAGAGUGAAGUCCGGACAUCCACCAACAGUAGCCGACUGGCCGCUCUGAAGAAACAGGCCGACAUCGAGCUCAAAGUGAAACAGGGAGCUGAAAAUAUGAUACAGAUGUAUUCCAACGGCUCUUCCAAGGACCGCAAACUGCUCUCAGCAGCUCAACAGAUGCUUCAGGACAGUAAGACAAAGAUAGAGUUCAUUCGAAUGCAGAUCCUCAAAGCCAGCCAGACAAGCGAGAUAAACUACGAGAACAACGAUGUGUCUACAAGCAAGCCUAUCAUCAGUCCGCUGGACUUGAGGAUAGAGGAGCUACGACAUCACUUCCGGAUAGAGUCUGCUGUGGCUGAAGGUGCAAAGAAUGUGAUGAAAUUGCUGGGAACAGGAAAGGUGACAGAAAAAAAAGCUCAUUCAGAGGCUCUGGCCCGUUUGAAUGAGUCCAGUCAGAAGUUAGACCUACUGAAGUUUUCUCUGGAGCAGAGACUCAGUGAGCUGUCCAAAAACCACCCGAAGGCCAGUCUGAUCAUGGAGGAGUUAGCCAUGGUGUCUUCUCCACCUCUUAGUCCUCGCCAUAGCAUCAUGUCCACCAGCAAUCAGUACAGCACUGUAGCCAAACCUGCUGCCCUGACCGGCACAUUAGAUGUGAGGCUCAUGGGCUGUCAGGACCUCCUGGAGAACGUCCCGGGUCGCUCUAAGACAGCACCUGUUACUCUGCCCGGCUGGAGCCCCGGUGAGGCACGCUCCUCAUUUAUGAGCCGAGGAAACAAGAACAAAUCCGGCAGCAGCCGAACCCUCUCCAAAUCUGAUGAUCUGUCCAAUGAAAUCAGUGCCGUUCUGAAGCUGGACAACACAGUUGUGGGACAGACCCAUUGGAAGCCACUUAGCAAUCAGUCUUGGGACCAGAAGUUCACGCUGGAACUUGACCGGUCUCGUGAGCUGGAGAUAGCAGUGUACUGGAGAGACUGGCGCUCGCUGUGUGCUGUUAAGUUUUUACGGCUAGAGGACUUUCUGGACAACCAGCGUCAUGGCAUGUGCCUCUACCUUGAGCCACAAGGAACACUGUUUGCUGAGGUUACAUUUUUCAACCCAGUUAUUGAGAGGCGACCUAAACUACAAAGGCAAAAGAAAAUCUUCUCCAAACAGCAAGGUAAAACAUUCCUGCGUGCCCCUCAGAUGAACAUUAACAUCGCCACUUGGGGCAGGUUGGUGAGAAGAGCCAUUCCAUCAAUCAAUACCUCUUUCAGUCCUCAGGUGGCUGAACUGGGCUCUGAAACGGCACCCAUCGGCCACCCAGAUGCCCACUCCUUAACCAGUGACCCCACUGUGACCAAAUUAGACUUUGACAAAGGAGCCACUCCUCCCUCAAAACGACACUCUAUUUCAGUGGAUAUAGAAGAAACAGAACUAUCAGAAAAGAUCCCUGAUGGAAAAGAGGUGCAGGAUGCCCUAGCGACUUUCAACUUCCUGAACAACACAGUAGAUAAACCAGAUUAUAACAGUCUGGCAGAAAAGGAGUUUGAGCAGCCUGACCUGGAACUACCUAUAGUGCAAAAGAAAGCUGAAAUCAGGGAAGAAGAGGAAGUUCAAUUCAGCUUGACAGAUUUCAAAUGUGUUGCUGUUCUGGGGCGUGGCCACUUCGGAAAGGUUUUACUCACUGAGUACAAGACCACAGGAGAAAUGUUUGCCAUUAAAGCUUUGAAGAAAGGUGACAUCGUCUCCAGGGAUGAAGUUGACAGCCUUAUGUGUGAGAAGAGAAUCUUUGAGACUGUGAACAGCGUUCGGCACCCGUUCCUGGUGAAUCUUUUCGCUUGUUUCCAGACCAAGGAGCAUGUGUGUUUUGUCAUGGAGUAUGCGGCAGGAGGAGACCUGAUGAUGCACAUUCAUGCAGACGUGUUCAAUGAACUGCGUGCAGUUUUCUAUGCUGCUUGUGUUGUCUUGGGGCUACAGUUUCUUCAUGACCAUAAAAUUGUGUACAGGGAUUUGAAGCUAGACAAUCUUUUGCUAGAUACUGAGGGAUAUGUCAAGAUUGCUGAUUUUGGUCUCUGCAAAGAAGGAAUGGGCUUUAAAGAUCGCACUAGUACGUUCUGUGGCACUCCUGAGUUCUUAGCACCUGAAGUUUUAACCGAGACAUCAUACACACGAGCGGUGGACUGGUGGGGUCUGGGAGUUCUCGUCUUUGAGAUGCUGGUUGGAGAGUCCCCAUUCCCUGGUGAUGAUGAAGAGGAGGUGUUUGACAGUAUUGUUAACGAUGAAGUUCGCUAUCCAAGGUUCCUCUCCACAGAAGCCAUUUCCAUAAUGAGAAGGUUGUUAAGGAGAAAUCCGGAGAGACGUCUUGGUGCAGGGGAAAAAGAUGCAGAGGAAGUGAAGAGGCAUCCGUUUUUUAGAAAUAUGGAUUGGACUGCACUGCUGGCAAAGAAGAUCCUGCCUCCGUUCGUGCCAACCAUCAAAGACCGCGAGGACGUUAGUAAUUUUGAUGAUGAGUUCACCUCAGAGGCACCCAUACUAACUCCACCUCGUGAGCCAAGGGUUCUAACUGUCAAUGAGCAGGAGAUGUUUGCAGAUUUUGACUACAUCGCUGACUGGUGUUAACCCAGAUCAUAAACUCUGUUCACACAUGCUCAACACUGUGAACCAACUGAACAGCUGAGGGAACAGCUCUCUUUCUUUAAGAACCAUUACAGAACAAAAGUGCUUUCCCUCUUCUAUGCUCUUAUCCAUGCCAUUUAUGGGAUUGGCAAUAACUUGCUUUAAGAAACGAGAAUGACAUUUUUAAGUCUUGGUAGCCCAUUGUGGCAUCUUUUUGUCGUCAGACCACUGGGACACCUAUUGGUAACUACUAAAUAUUUCUGAGGAUUUAACAGGAUCAGUAACGUCCAGCUUCCCUCUCCAUUCUCCUCACAUUUGCUGGGAAGAAUAUUUUUGAUUUCCAUUUCUUCUGCUUUUUUAAAAUACUAAAAUGUGCCAAUUGCCAUUGUCUCCAGACUUGGAGGGCAGACACAGGUGAGCUGAAGAGCUGAACCCAACUGAGACAUCAAAUUACAAAUUCUUCAGUCUAAGAGCAGCAUCAGAAUCAACAGAAGCUCAAGGAGCCUCUCAAAUACUCUAAAAUUAUUUAUUUUGUCUUGUAUUCCCUUCAAUGCCUAAAAUUCUUUACAUGGCUUACAAACAGUAUAUAUCAGUUACAGAAAACCUACCAAAGCAUCCUGCCAAAUGAUCUUUUACCCUUUGCGUAUUAAAUUGGAUUAAAAAGACCUUGGCCAAGAGCAGGAGUGGAUUUGGUGAUUUGGGGGCCCUAGGCAAAUUACAGGGAUGGGGCCCUCUUCAAUGACACACAUUAACGUCAGUUUUCUCUUAAAGGUGCUGUAAUUAUAGAUAGAUAGAUAGAUACAUUGAUUGAUUGAUUGAUGGAAUGGUAUGUUGAAAAUAUUCCUUCAUCCUGAAAGAUACCACUGAAGUACAGUAAGUGUCCUGAGAUCCCUCAUCGGUCUAUGUGACAGCACUAGACUGUGCAAACAGCAAGCAAAAAUGUGUCCGUGGUUGUGUCUUUCUCCCUGGUUGUGCCAAAUUUCUAAAAAGGAGUGAAUAAUAAUGCCUGACAACACAUUAGGGCUGUCAAUUGGCAGAGAAAAUUGACCUUAAAAAUUUUCUAAAUUCGAAUUUUAAAGUCAGCUGAUUUUUUUAAAUUGACGUUAUUUCCUUAGUCCACAAGAGGGCACAUUGAAUACAUAUAACCAUACAGCACCGUGUUAUAUUAUUGCAAAGAACAUUCCUGGCUGUUAAAGUGCAUAAAAUAUAAAGUUUUAGUCGGUUCAUAUUCUCAAAUUCUAAGUCAAAAGUAAAACGAGGGGGGGAAACGCUUCAAUAGGCAGUUCUGUGUUAACAUGGUGUUACACUUACACUGGUGCCACAGUAUAUACUACCACAGCCACAAACUAACAGCGAUAUACCACAGUGUUUUUCAUUAAUUACAGCUGUAUGUAGGGUAGAAUUAUUCCCAGAUAGCAGUGGUAUUCGGCUGAACUCAGUGGCAAAGCGGAACACAACAGAAAGGAACAGAACGCGAGGAUCUCGAGACACACAUUUCCAACUUGAACUCCUUUACAGACAAACCCAUUGCUUAAUCUGAGAAAUGCAGAUAAGAGAGCAAGACGCAAUGGGCAAAGACCUUCACCUACUGUAAGGGGCUGUUCACACCGAACGCUUUUGCAACCAUCCAGUUUACCAUUUGUUUUUCUAUGUAAAUGCGCUAGAUGGAAUGUCUUUGUUUCUCUUUGUUUUUGUUUAUUCAGCGUCUCGUGCAUGAGCACCUUUUUUUUAGAUGCCGUGUCAAGUUUAAAAGAACUUUAAAAUGCAUCUCAAGACACCAGGUUUCUGUUAAACUGUAUUUUGUUGCUCUUCAUCUAGCCUUUUUUAGCGCAAGAAUGCGAUCGGUCUGAAGUCAUCGCCAGCGCUUAACACACAUCCAAACUUCGAAUAUGUGUAUUUUUCUUAAAUUCAUCGAAUAUUCGAAUUUCGAAUUUUCAUUUACAGCCCUACAACACAUUAUAUAACAAAUACAAUCUGGCUACUAUGAACUACAAUACUGUAUAUACUACUACAGUAACUUUUUUCUUUCUUGCUCUCCCUCUUUCUUAAUUCACUUUUCCUCCAUCAACUUUUCCUCCAAUGACCUUGAAUGAACUAUAUCCAGAUUAUUAGACUAAAAGUUGACUUUGCAUGUUUCCAGAAGGCAUUGAUAAACUUUUACAUUUGAAAACAUAAAAAAGUUAGAUUUAUGCUGCUAGAUAAGGCGAACAUGAGUCAAAAGUCUGUGAAAAAAAGUUCUUAUUUAUGAGUGUCAACGCCCAGAUCAUAAUCAUCAUCAACAACUGUGUUGGUGACUAUAGUGAGUGCUGUGCUCGUGGAAGCAGUGGCGGAUAGCAGCGCAGGCUAUGCAGCAAUCUGGUCCGUUUGGAAAGACAGUGUUACCUUAGGAAGUCUUGAUUCAGUUUAAUAUUUCUCUCUCCACAAUUUCAGUUCAAACUGAACUAGCAACAAUGUAUCACACAAAACUGUCUGAGCAGUUUGGCUCACUUUCACCUUUUUAUGAACUUGUGUAGAUGCAUAAAACCUUGGAAUAUUCCAUUACUGCCUGUUCUGAGGGGGGAGGGGGUUGCUUGCAUUGAUGGUGCUGAAAAUAACAGCGAUAACAAUCAUAUCAGCGUUGUAACAGUGAUAUUUAAAAUUUCAGCACACGUUAUUUAGCAUUAAUGAAAAUAAAAAAGCAUAUUAUUUGUAUUUUUAGGGGGCCCUUGGCUUCUGGGGGCCCUAGGCGGUUGCCUACCUUUGCCUAGUGCUAAGUCCGCCCCUGGCCAAGAGCACAGAUGGAUGAACUUGAACUUUAGAAAGGAAAAUGAGAGAAAGCUGCAAUUAACUGAUCUUUUGAGAAUUUUCUCUCUCCAGUCUCUUCAUUUCUAUAAAAGCAACCUUGUACUCUAAUCAAUGUAAUAAAUGUAAGUUAUAGUUUUAUACUGUAUUUUUAGAAUAUUAGCCUUUUGGAUCUGCUGUAUGUUAUGACAAUGGUUGUACACAGAUAUAUGAAUUGUAAGAUUAUCAUUUUGGAGAGGGCAGCUCAAAGUUGAGAGCAAUUCUGAACUUUUAAAAUGGAAUGUAAAAAUGUAUAUUCAUGAAAACAAAAUCAAAAAUUAUAUUUUUGGCAUGUGGUUAUGCCAAAGCUGGCUGUAUGUUUUAUUAGUUGACAUUUUUUAAAGGACAUUUGUAGUCAGACUGUUUCAGAUCUUGUAAUUUUGCAACAAUAUCUCAUAAUUUAGCCAUUUUGUGGUUGUACAUGUCAACAUUAAACCACCUUUAC